AUGCUCUUCCCAACUUCCACAUUCAUCCUGGCUGAUGUCGUGAGUGGUAGCCGCCACGCCUUGUUUUACCGCCAGGAUGGUGGCAGAGGGGGUGGCACACCGAUCGACGGCUUGUCUACCUGGUUUGCCCCCAGCAUUAUCAUCUCGAUCGGCUCGCCACCGCAGACCGUGUUGGCGUCGUUGGAUUUGGUUUACGGUCUUACGAGGGUGGCGCAAGGAGCUUUAAACACGGAUAAGAGCAGCACCUUCAGGUCCACAGGAAACGUAACCGUCAUGAAGUCUCAAACGUCUUCCGAAGAAGUCACCGUAUCAACGGCAACAGACCACCUCGCUGUCGGCGAUUGGAAUGUGAACAGCGCGCUACUUUAUACGCCUGAGACAACCACAAAGGAGUCCUACCAGGCGAGCCUCGGCCUCGGGUGGUACCGUCCCGAGGGUCAUAAAAGCGACCCGCUGUGGAAGGCAUGGAAGAAACCUCUCUUUGGUCUGUUCUUGCGACGUGCCGCCAUUCAGGGACCGAUAUGGUCGUAG